CUUUUUUUUCCCCCCUUGUGGACAAUGAGCAACAGGCCCCUCACUGAGUUUAGCACACCGAGGAGAUCACUGUUGCACAAUCCUUUACUUUUCGAAGAGUUGCUUAUUUUAGCGUCCUGAAAAGUAACUUAUCUUGUUUAUCUUUUUUUUUCGCCUUACAAAGACAAUUGUGGAUUGUUUGAGGCCGUGGUAUGGACGACAUACGGCCUGUUAGCGGUGCGCCAGCCCACGGGCUGGUACCACUGUUUCCUCCGGGGCUGCAGGCUAUCUAUGGGGAAUGUCGGCGACUUUAUCCCGACCAGGCCAACCCGCUGCAAGUUACUGCCAUUGUAAAAUAUUGGCUCGGUGGGCCAGAUCCUUUAGACUACAUCAGCAUGUACAGAAACACGGGCUGUCCUGCUCAGGACGUUCAGGAGCACUGGCACUAUGUGAGCUUUGGUCUGAGUGACUUGUAUGGAGAUAAUCGUGUUCAUGAAUUCACAGGGGGAGAUGGACCUAGCGGAUUUGGCUUUGAGCUCACCUUUAGGCUCAAAAGAGAGGUGGGAGAGACAGCACCUCCCACAUGGCCAGCUGAACUCAUGCAGGGAUUGGCACGAUAUGUCUUCCAGUCAGAAAACACCUUUUGUAGUGGUGAUCACGUUUCGUGGCACAGUCCACUUGAUAACAGUGAAUCUCGGAUCCAGCACAUGCUGCUCACAGAAGACCCGCAGAUGCAACCAAUCCAGACUCCAUUCGGCACAGUGAGUUUUCUCCAGAUUGUGGGUGUAUGCACAGAGGAGCUGCAGGCGGCCCAACAGUGGAACGGCCAAGGCAUCCUGGAGCUGAUGCGUGGAAUCCGCAUAGCUGGUGGCCCCUGGCUUAUCACUGACAUGAGGAGGGGAGAAACCAUUUUUGAGAUCGAUCCUCACCUACAACAGGAGAGAGUGGACCAGGGUAUCGAGACUGAGGGCUCGAACCUGAGCGGCGUCAGCGCCAAAUGUGUGUGGGAUGAUCUGAGUCAGCCGCCAGAGGAUGAGGAGGACAGCAGAUCCAUCUGCAUAGGAUCACAACCGCGGAGACUUUCAAACAAAGACACGGAGCAAAUCAGAGAGACGUUAAGAAAAGGACUGGAGUUUAACAGCAAGGCAGCACUACCGCCCAUCAGCAGCCAGAAACAGACUCACGAGAGAGCGCAGAGUCGGAAGGACAGUUUGGAAAGCGAGAGCUCAUCGGCCAUUGUUCCCCAUGAACUGGUGCGAACUCGACAACUGGAGAGCGUCCACCUGAAAUUCAACCAAGAGUCGGGGACUCUGCUGCCCCUCUGCUUGAGGGGCCGUUUGCUUCACGGGAGACAUUUCACUUACAAAAGCAUCAACGGAGACACGGCGAUCACGUUUGUAUCGACGGGAGUCGAAGGUGCUUUCGCCACUGAAGAGCAUCCAUACGCAGCUCACGGCCCCUGGCUUCAGAUUUUGUUGACUGAAGAGUUCGUUGAUCAGAUGCUGGGGGAUUUACAGGAGCUGAACAGCCGGGAAGAGACAAAGUUACCUAGGGAGUACAGCUGGCCAGAGAAGAAGCUGAAGAUUUCGGUUCUACCAGACUCUGUGUUUGAUAACCCACUACAAUGAGGAAUGGAAAACCUCCAGCAAACGUUCACAUCAAUGCAAACAAUAAUCUACAGAGGAGCUGCUGCUCCCGAAGAGGACAGCCAGAGACUGCAUUUCUCCUAAAGAUGAUCCUGGGGAUCAGCUAAACACUUCUGUUACAGCCUCGCCGUUUAUGUUAAUACCUAUAGGAUUAUCAACUAAGUUUCAAACCAGCCUAUCCAGAUGGUCGACCUGUGAAAAACAACCUUCAAACUUUCCUUUUAACAGUGAACUCAAAAUAUGCACCGUAUCUGCAGUUCAACACGUCUGAAGCAAUCACUCGUCACCUAUUUAUUCCAGUGGCCUUAAAACCAUAAAUAUCACAAAGUGAAUCCUAUUAUCAGUGUUUUUUUUUUCUUUUUUCUUUUAGCUAUGCUAUUUUAUUCCAAGUAGAUGCAAAUGCUGGACAUUUCUCUGUUUUGAUACCAAAGUUUGAACAAUGGCCUUGUUUUUUUAUUCAUCACUGUCUGCCUCUCACUUGUUGGAAAGUUUUGUAGUAAGAAACUGAGACCUAUUAUUAUUAUUAUUAUUAUUAAAUGGUUUUCUUUAGGUUUUUGGAAAUGCUGCUGGUGAAUGCUUUACUGAGCAUUUUCUACAUUUUUAAUAAGACUUCACUGCCUUUUUUUAAUUGAACCUACUUUAAACUGAGGACAACUUCUCAGUAAUCGUUGACACUCAGAUUUUAAUAUGGUUUUGUGACAUAGCGUUGAAUCGAGGCCUCUGUAUUCACUAUGUGUAGCAUUCCAUUUCAACUCCUAACAUGAAAUGCCUUUAACCGCAGUGUUUUCCUACAGAAAUGUACUCCUAAGAUGCAGUGGUAUAGCUUUUUGUUUGUCUUUUUUUUAUUUGGACUGAAAAAUGUAAAGGUUAGACUUUGUUAUGAAAAAAAUAUUAUCUUUAUGGCAGAACUGACAGAUUGUAAUUCUUAAGUGCAUUAAAAAGUGUAGUUAUUACACAAAUAAAAGAUAAGUUGUAAGUU